GCUUUAUGAAUUUCAUUAUCGCUAUGUAUUCUUGCUCAGAACCAUGAAAUACUUUGUACUAAUCGCUCUCUGUGUAGCUGCUGCUAGCGCCUCAGUUAUCCCUGAGGAUGAACGUGUCAACGGUGAGAACGGUUGGUAUGUUCCUCAAGCUGAUGGCUCCUUCGAAUGGGUUGAUCUCGAUGAAGCUGAAAACUACUUGAAUGAAGCUGCUAAAUUGGAAGGCCGCUUGUCCACCAAUCCCGUCACCUUUAUCUUGUACACCAAGUCAACCCCCAAUGGCCAGGAAAUCACUGCCACCAGUAAAUCCAUCAGCGCUUCCGCCUUCAACGCCGCCUACCCCACCAGAAUCACCAUUCACGGUUGGACCUCCAGCAAGGAUGACUACGUCAACUAUGGCAUCCGCGGUGCUUAUUUGGCCAAGGGUAACUUCAACAUGAUCACUGUCGACUGGGGUCGUGCUCGCUCCGUUGAUUAUGCCUCCUCUGUUUUGGCUGUUCCCGGUGUUGGAGAGAAAGUUGCCAGUUUGGUGAACUUCUUGGUAAAGAACCACGGUUUGAAAUUGGCCGAUUUGGAAAUUAUUGGCCACAGCUUGGGUGCCCAUGUUGCUGGCUUCACCGGCAAGAAUAUUGUCAACGGCCAAGCUCAUGCUAUUGUUGGUUGCGACCCCGCUCUUCCCUUGUUCAGUUAUGAUAAGCCUAACAAGCGUUUGUCCAGCACCGAUGCCUACUAUGUUGAGUCCAUCCAAACCAAUGGAGGUACCUUGGGCUUCUUGAAACCCAUUGGCAAGGGUGCUUUCUACCCCAAUGGAGGCAAGUCUCAACCCGGAUGUGGUGUCGAUCUUACUGGCUCCUGUGCCCACAGCCGUUCCGUCAUCUACUAUGUUGAAGCCGUUGAAAAGGACGACUUCGGUACCAUGAAGUGCGCCAACUACGAAGAUGCCGUCAACAAGGCCUGUGGUUCCACCUACAGUUCCGUCCGUAUGGGUGCCAUCUCCAAUGCUUACAUGGUUGCUGGUGAUUACUAUGUCCCCGUUAACAGCAAGGCUCCUUUCGGUAAAUUGGGUUAAAUAUGCAAGAGUUUUCCACACGAUUUUAAAUAAAAAC